GUAGCGGUUUAUAAAAAUCCCCAAUUCAGACCUAAAUCCCCCAAUUUCCCAAUUUACAGGUGCUCGAAAUUUUUUUUCUCUCACAAUCACUUCUCCCUCUCUCUCUCUUCCGACGACGCUGCCGCACGAUCAUCACCGCCGGCGACCGGAGUCCGUCACUUCUUGCUCUCUCUCUUCCGACGACAGCGGCACCUCAACGAUCCGUCACUUCUCCCUCUCUCUCUUCCGACCACAGCGAUCUUUAAUAUGGAACAACCUAAAUAUCCUCUAUACCUUUAUUGGAAUGGUGAAUUAUCUCAAAAUGAUGUUGAUAUUGUGUAUAGAGGUGGAAGGAAAAAGUUUUUGUUCAUCAAUUCCGGUAUGAUGUUUCAAGAGAUUCUGAAUAGGGUAUAUGACGUUGUUGGAUGUGAUCGUAUGUAUGUGGAACUGAAAUUGUUUAUGAGAUAUCCGAUGCCGGGAAAAUAUGUGCCAAUUGCACUAGAGGAUGACGAGUCACUGAGUGCUAUGUGGCUUUCAGUGACACAAACGUCAGCCAUGGCAAUGGAGGUGUACAUUGAACAAGUUCCCAAAGAGAUAAAUGUGCAAAGUAAUGUGGGUUAUGUACCUUCAAUGGACUUUAGGGAUAGCAUGGAGGUACCGACAUCAGCUCCUAAUAUGCAAUUUGAAUCAUUUACUAGCAUGUUGUCAGACCCACAUUAUGUAAAUCAGCACAUGAAUGAGUUUAUUUCUCCUGCUUCGUCUCCCCACAUACCAUCCACAUUCCAUCUGGACACUCUACAUCAAAAUGAUGUUGAUUUUUUGGGAAACGAGGAGGAGCAUGUGGAUUCUGAUAGGGAUGAGGAUGAUGAUGCAAGAGAAUUAGCUGACAAGCAAUAA